AUGGUAUUGCUCACAUCACAAUCGUCAGUCUAUGCUGCGUUCGAGGCUCUGUGUUGCUUGCAGAGGUGCAUUGGCGGAGACUUUGGUGUGAAUCGAGGUGACAUCGAAGGAAUCAUGACACCAUCUCCGUCAAGGCGCGCUUUCCGCAGAUGCUCAGUGAACAUGUUUGUUCGAGAGACCGGCGAGGACUCAUUGGAGUAG